GCGCAUGCGCAGGCGCCGUGUGGCACUCGGCGGUCGAAAGGGGAGUUCAAGGAGACGGGGGCAACGCGGCUGAGGGCUUCUCGUCGGGGUCGGGGCUGCAGCCGUCAUGCCGGGGAUAGUGGAGCUGCCCACUCUAGAGGAGCUGAAAGUAGAUGAGGUGAAAAUUAGUUCUGCUGUGCUUAAAGCUGCGGCCCAUCACUAUGGAGCUCAAUGUGAUAAGCCCAACAAGGAGUUUAUGCUCUGCCGCUGGGAAGAGAAAGAUCCGAGGCGGUGUUUAGAGGAAGGCAAACUGGUCAACAAGUGUGCUUUGGACUUCUUUAGGCAGAUAAAACGUCACUGUGCAGAGCCUUUUACAGAAUAUUGGACUUGCAUUGAUUAUACUGGCCAGCAGUUAUUUCGUCACUGUCGCAAACAGCAGGCAAAGUUUGACGAGUGUGUGCUGGACAAACUGGGCUGGGUGCGGCCUGACCUGGGAGAACUGUCAAAGGGGUGACUUUCCCAAGGACUGGAGAGAGAUGGAGAAAUAGACACUGCAGCAUCAUGGUGAAGAAACUCAAGCCCUGGUGGAGCUGGGAGAACAACGACACUUCUAUUUCCAGUCUCUCCAAGAGCAUGCGUGAAGCCAGGCCCAUCUGUCUGUGGGAGAGGUCUGUGCCAUGGUAUUGGGCAAACUCACAGGUCACCGUAGCCCAGGACUGCAAUGUCCCAAAAGCUUGUCUUGAUCUAGACUAGGAACCACAGCCCAGCACAUGCGAGCAGGAUGUACCCUUAGGGUCAUCUGGCUUAUCCUCUAAUCUAGGGGGCUCAGACACAGCAAGUGACCCCUUGCCCCAGUGCCCCUCCCCCAGGUCACACAGCCAGUCAGUAUUGGAACACAGGCCUCCUGCCUCCAGCCCAGGGCUCUUUCUAUUGAGGAGGGACCUGGGAUAUAGGAGGCCCCCCUACCUCCCCAGCUCCAGCCUGAGAUGAAGGCCAGAUUCUUGUCAGCAAGUGGAAGGGAGGCAGGGUCACCUGUGUGUGCUGGCAGAGAAAGAGCCAUCCCAAGCACCAUCCUUCCCAGUCUUUUCCCUGGAGCUCCCCAGCAACCCCAGCCUUCUCCCACCACCUCCUUCUCUCCACCUCUCUGACCUUGGGCUCUUCUUCUGUCAAAUUGACAUGAAAAAGCUCACCUCAAGGGCUGUUGCAGACUAACAGAUGGGAGAGCGCCCUAAAACUCGGUAAAAGCAAUGGAUUGUUUCAGACCUUCAGUUUCCAUGACAGCAUUAGCUGAAUAUCUAAUACAUGCCACAUUAUUGCCCCAGACCCCAUAGAGACCCUGUAAGAGAGGCAUCUCAUGGGUGAGGAAACGGAGGCUCAGAGAGUGGAAGGGAUCUAUCCAAGGCCACACAAGUUGUUAUUUGGGACUGGAACUCAGUCCCUGCUUCCAGUCCAGGGGGCCCCUCUCCCAAACACCACACCGUUCCAGCCUGGCAGCCCUGCCAUCCUGGAUGGGAAGAGAGAGGACCAGGGUAGGAAGGGUGGGGUCCAGGGGGUUAAGAGAUUCCCCCAUGCCUCUUCCCCCCAGCCUCAAAUCAUAGGGAACGAAUCUCCAGGAAGCCCAGCGGGUGGCCGGGUCCCAGCGCUGAUUGCAGGAGAUGGCAGGAGGGCGGUUGCCAUGGCGACUUCCUGAAUCGCAGCGCCUGUUCCCGCUGAGGCUUUAGGAAGUUAGACAUACCUGGGCAGCCCCUGCCCCGGACUGGGCCUCUCCGAGGAGGAGGAGCCCGCAAGGGAAUGCGGCGUGCCUGCUCACAGAGAAUGUGCACCCACGUGUGAGAGCUGUGGCAGUGGCAGGCGUGUAGCUGCAGCAUGCGCACAGGUCUAGGACAUGGAGACCCACAUGUGUGGGCGCAAACCUGCCCGACAGUGCGAGGAGCCUUUAAGGGUGAGAACAAGCCUACUGACAUAGGAGUGUGAGAAGGGUGUUCUUGGCAGAGGGAAAGGCAGGGUGGUGCUAGAGAGCAUGCCGGGAGCUGCUGGCAGGAAGAUGAGGUUGGCAGGGCCAGAUCAUGGGGACGCUCUGCAUACUGGGCUAAGGAGCUUGGACCUUCACCUGGAGGCACUGGGGAGCCAGUGAGCGCUUUGGAGCAGGGAAGUAGCAUGGUUGGACCUGAGAUCCCUCCAGCAGCCCACGGAGGAUGGGUCAGAGGUCAGCCUAGAGGCAGGGAGGUCAGUGUGGUGCCGAUCUUCCCUACCCAGCUCUAUUCUUUUUCCCUAUUAGCAUUUACACCUUCUAACACACACCAUAUACUUGUCUUCAGUUUCUUGUUUAUUCUCUGUUUUCCUCACUGGGAUGCCAGCUCAUGAGAGCUGAGGGGUUUGCCUGCCUCGUUCACUGAAGCAUAUCAAGGACCAACAAGAGUGCCUGGUACACCGGGGCUCAGUAGAUACCUGCUGAAUGAAUGGAUGAGGCCUGGACUAGAGGAGUGGCCUAAGGGAAGGAGAGAAGUGCUAGGGGGGAGUGAGGUGUGGAAGGCAAAUUGACUGGUUGGGGUAAAGUGGAGGUGGCGGACACACGGCUGAGCCCCCCAGGGACUUCUGAGUUGGUGGCUGUGGCCCUAUGCAGGUGCCUUUCUGGCUCAGGAAUGAGACCAUGGGGUGAUUCCAGGAUCCAAGAGAAAAGCAUAAAGGAUAGCCUGGCCAGGUCUCAGGAGGUGGGGAGGGAUGGGGCAGGACCAGGCCAGAUGCAGAACUGGGGGCAGGAUAGGGGAAACUGAGGCAGAUGCCCCAUCCUGUGCACUGGAUCUGAGUGCACUGGGAGAGACUGGAACUCAGUCCCUGCUUCCAGUCCAGGGGGCCUCUCUCCCAAACACCACACUGUUCCAGCCUGGCAGCCCUGCCAUCUGGAUGGGAAGAGAGAGGACCAGAAUAGGAAAGGUGGAGGGUGGGGGGCUGGGGUCUGUAGUGUGUUCCAGUCCUCUGCUGUCUAACAGAAGUGUAGCACAGGCCACAGAGGCAUGCCACGUGUCAUUUUACAUUUUCUAGUAACACAUUACAAAAGUAGACAGAGGUGGGUGAAGUGAGUUUUAACUACAUAUUUUACUGAACCCCGUAUGUCCACAAUAUUAUUUCGACCUGUUAUCAAUAUAAAAAUUAAAUGAGAUAUUUUACA